AUGAGCUGGGGAUUCAUACGUGAUCUGCUGAGUGGAGUGAAUAAAUACUCAACAGGAAUUGGAAGAAUUUGGGUAGCAGUUGUGUUCUUAUUCCGGUUACUGGUUUACAUUGUGGCCGCAGAAAACAUCUGGAAAUACGAGCACGAUGAAUUUGAGUGCAACAUCAAGCAGCCCGGCUGUGAAAACGUCUGCUUUGACCAUUUUUUCCCUGUCUCCCACAUCAGACUUUGGGCUUUGCAAUUAAUCAUGGUCUCCACCCCUUCUCUCUUGGUGGUUUUUCAUGUUGCUUACCGAGAGAACAGAGAGAAACACCACAACCAGAAACUUUAUAAAAGUCCAGGAAAAAUAGACGGCGGAUUGCUGUGCACUUACCUUAUCAGCCUCAUUUUAAAAACAGGAUUUGAAAUAGUUUUUCUUGUUCUGUUUUAUAAAUUGUACAAUGGAUUCAAAGUACCACGUCUUGUGAAAUGUGACAUGAGACCAUGUCCCAAUACUGUAGACUGCUAUAUUUCCAAGCCCACAGAGAAGAUGAUUUUCCUUUAUUUUCUGGUGGCAACUUCAUGCCUGUGCAUUUUAUUAAAUCUAAGUGAAUUGAGCUAUCUCAUUUUCAAAUACUCCAUAAAAUGUUAUCUGAAGAGGUAUAUCAAGAAACACCAGGACUCAAAAAGUGAUUGCUGCCAAUCAGAAAUCAUCCGUCACCACAGACCAGCAGCUGCAGGACGGUUCCUCAACAACUCCCCAUCCUCGCCUCUGAAUACCCAAAAUGAACAUGAAAAAAGUUCCCCAUUGACUUGA